AUGGCAGCAACGGAAUUAGCACAGCAACAACAAUCUCCUCCAAAUUCACAACCACAUGAUCGAGUAGGAGGACGUCGCAGACCAUUUUCAACAUGGAUGAAGAAAUUCACCAAUUUCAAAAAUGGCUCUUCAACGGCAGAUUCCAAUCAAGCCACUAAUCCCAAACGAAAUCAAAAUACAAAGUCGAGCUUUAAGAAACCAUCUCCCUCAAAGAAUAACAACCCAUACCCCGAAUCUGGUCGCAUCAAUGGUAAUGCUACUGCGCCGCCUGCUUCUGCUUCUGGCAGUCGACAUUUGUCAUUUUCCACCGCCCCAACCGGAAACUCCGUCAGCACGUCAUCUUUAGAAAGAAGUCGAAGAUCAACUCGAUAUUCCGAAGAUGGACAUUCACCACCAACAAUUGGAAAUAAAUCGGUGGCCCCUACGACGGGCGAGGAACAUGAUAUUGCACGAUCCGAUAUAGCAGCCUCUCAUGCGCCAUCAUCCGGAGAAGCUACAAAUGCUACCAUUGGAUGCGGGGUCAGUACUGGCAGAGGUGCUGAUAGUACAUUUUCUUCCCCAGCACCAUCUGUUAGAUCCUUAACUACAACUCUUACGACUAUACAUUCCGCUGGAGCUCCUGGUGUUACUGUUUCGCAUAAUCAUGCCUCGAAUAAUACACAAGGCAUUCAAUUCACACACCAAUUUCCUACCUCCCCACCUGCGACAGCCUUACCUGCACAUUUGGCCCCACAAGGUAGUGGUGGACACCCUGCAACGUACAACACAGCAACAGCAAACAAUCUGCUCACAGAUAACGCAUCUAUCUUAACCCUGGCUUCAUCUUCUAAGCGAAGACGCAGAAGAUCCAUGGAUACUGAUGCAUCUGUUCGUGCUUUGGCCCCAUCUUCGGUAUUUGGUGGUAGUCGGGAAAGUCUUCCAUUGAGUGUUUUGAGUGCUACAAUUGAUGGUGCUCCUAUUACAUCUCCAACUGGUCUUUAUCAACCACGUCCUAUCGGCAAUGAGAGAGCUAGCAUUUAUUCUUCGACCGGCGUAGCUCCAGCUUUACCGAGUGAAAGAAAUAGUUAUUAUGCCAAUAAACAAUCUUUGGCAAAUGAUGGUGGAAGUGUGAAGAGUGGAUUAUUAGGACAUGGUAGGAAUGAUAGUAUCUCUGGAAGUAUUGGUGGUAUUAUUGUUCCAGGAAGCCCUUUGGCCAGUCCACGAGACCCUACAAGUUCCACAGGAAGGUUAAGUCGAAGCAAUUCAGGUUGGGGAGAAAAUGGUGAACUUGUGGUAAUGGAUAGGAUAGAAGCUUUGGAGCGUGAAGAUACGAGAGACAAAAUUGUGAAAGAAGAAAAGGAAGAAGAGGAUGAAAAGUGA